CUUAGCAAUCUUUGAGAAUACAAGCUUCAAUGCCUUCAAAGGAAACAAACGUCCAAGAAAACUCAAAAGAAUCAUCAUCCGAGAUGGAGAUCGACUCAUGCACUCUCAAAGCCAUGAUUUCCUCACCGUCCGAGAAAAUCCAUCUCCGACCAAUGACUCUCUCCGACAUCGACGACUUCAUGGUCUGGGCAACUGACGUAAACGUCACACGCUUUUGCACGUGGGAGCCUUACACGAGCCGAGAGGCCGGCAUAGCUUUCAUAAACAACUUUGUUUUGCCACACCCUUGGCUCCGAGCUAUCUGCUUAGAUGAUGACUACGCCAUCGGCUCGAUCUCGGUCACGCCCGUCGAUAGUAUCAGAGGAGAGAUCGGUUAUGUUAUCGGAAGCAAGUAUUGGGGGAAAGGGAUAGCGACGGAGGCGGUGAGGCUUGUGGCGGCGGAGAUAUUCAAGGAGAUGCCGGAGAUGGAGAGGCUUGAGGCUCUUGUCGAUGUAGAUAACGUUGGGUCUCAAAAGGUUCUUGAAAAAGUUGGGUUUGUGAGAGAAGGUGUGAUGAGGAAGUUCAUGUGUCUUAAAGGGAAUGUUAGAGAUAUGGUCAUGUUUAGUUUCUUGCCUUCUGAUUCUUUGCUCUGAUUUUGAAUCAAAAAAGAUCAAAUCUAAUUUGAUAUGGAUGUACUAUUUAUUUUUAAAAUUGUUGUUAUAACCUUAUGGAUGUAUUAUUUUACCAAAAUUAUGUAUAUUUUUUUAGAAUAAGUACGUGUCUUUGUAUCUACCGUGAUCACUUCAUAAAAUGAAAACAAGGGUUCAAC